AUGACGACCUUCCGACGACGCUGCCGGUCGUGGAGUCGUCGCCGUGGCUUACUGUUCCUCUUGGUCGUGGUGCUAGGGAUGCUCGUGGCUGCGAGAAUAUUGGCUUCCAGUAGAAUGGCCGAAGAGGAACUCGCCCCGUGCGCUGUGCCAGCCGAGCAAAGAAAAAAGUUAUUCCCUCUGUUAUCAUCUGUGUCAAGUCUCCUGACCCGCUUGUCCAUCACGCACUUCCUCUGCUUCGAAUCCCUCUGGGGAGCCGUGCAGGAGUCGGGGCCCCUACCCUGGGAUGCCAACGCCCACCUGUGCGCCCUCAACGAGAAGGUAUCCAAGCACAACGAAGCCGAGUUGCUACGCGCCUUCCGACGCCGAGGCCUCACGCUGGAAUACAGCUCAGCGGAGGGCCAGUACACCAUCAGGAACGCCUCGGAGGUGAGCGACAAGUGGGUUCCGCCGACGGUUCGAGUCGUGCUGUUCGAAGAAGACGACCGCGUCCACAUGCUGCGGCGCGUCGGCUGGCGGAGGCGCGUAUUGCCCCCGGACUGCGACGCCCACCCCGUCCUCCAGUGCUUCCCGCCCAAGCUGGCACUCGACCCGCUUCCCUCAAGGCCGUUCGGGCCACUCUCGCUUCCGGCACCUCGGGAGGACAUCGAUCUCCUCAAGUUCCAUUAUCCGGAGACGUGGUGGCGGCCGCUGCAGCCCAAGUACUAUAUGCAAUCCAGUUUGGAUAUAAUUGUAAGCAUUGUUUGCAAAGUGAUCGAUGUUAGAGCAAUUGCAAGAUAUAACAAUGAAGUGGAUUAA